CUCUUCCUCUCCUUGGGGUCUCUGAACUAUCCCCUCAGCAGCAACCUGUCACUCAAGCCUGGUGGUCCAGAGCCGGCCUGGGGGGAUGAGAAAACACUGCAGAGGAAAGGUCUGGGGGCCGGGGCCAGUGCAGGGACCCCAACCGGCAGCUCCUUCCUCUCCCUGCAGCAGGGACAGACCCACGGGCUGAAGGGAGGGUGCCCACCAGUCUAGGCCGGGGUGCAGGACCGCUCACAGCCCUAAAGCAUAUGAGGAACCAGCUGCGGCCACAUGGUCAAGGUCACCCAGCUCCGGGGCCACCGAGGUGCUAAGUGUUUUUUUUUUCCAGAUGGGUGGUUGCUUACAGCCCUGUUCUUACCAUCCUGCCCGCAGGGCCAUCUCCUACGGAAUCUGGGCAUUUGGAGGUCCCUGGGGACGACAGGCCCAGGCAUCCCUCGCCCUCUGCCCUGUGGCUGCGGCAGGAAGGGUGGGCAAAGGGCAGAGGAGGGAGGCACAGCAGCCAAACUGGAACUGGGGCCCAGCUCGGGUUGGGAAAGAAACGAGGAAACAAGGAACUUGGGGACAGAGGGUGUGGGUGUCAGGGGGGCAAAGGCUGCGCCGGAGUGGAAGUCGGGGCCACUCCCGGCUUUGUGGGCAGAUCUGGGGCUGAGCCUGGACUUCGCCCAGAGAAGGAGUGGGCCCCGCACGAUAAGGAGCCUCAAUAAAAAGGCCAUGGACCCAGGGCCCCGAGGACCCAGGGGCCCAGGUCAUGGGUGCGGGGCCCUCCCCAGACCUCAGCCCAAGAAGAGCUGCCUCCAGUGGCUCCCACCCCCUGUAACAGCAACUCCAUGUGGAAGUGCCCACUCGUUCCAGUGGGGCUGCUGUUAUCUGGGGUGGGGGCCCGUCCCCGUGGAGGCGGAGAGGAGGCUGCGCCCAGCAGACCAGCAGGGACUCCGUGGCUGCGCCCCCAGGCCCAGGAUGGCCAAGGGCGGUGGGCGGUCAGCAGGUUGCGGAGACCGAGUGCACAGGGCUCUGACCUAUGAAUUGACAGCCAGUGAUCUUGUCUCCCCUCUGGCUGCCAAUUGCAUAGGUCACAGGUAUGUUCGCCUCAAUGCCAGCUGCCGGGACCUGUCGGGGAGGCCGGGCUGGUGUCCAGGGGGCAAUGGAGAGUUGCUGGCCCCGUGCAGCACGCGAGGCCCACGGCCCUCCUGUCUCAUUCCCACCUUCCCACUCCCCCUCCCUGAGCCUGCCCUGCCCUGGGCCUCACCUGUACUUCCUGCUGCAGCACGGCGUGCCUCUGCGCUUUGCACAUGCCGUUCCCUCUGCUUGAAACCCCCUUCCCAGCUCUUUUGCAUCUUCCCCCUCUACUAGCCAUUCCAAGCUCUGCCUCUGCAUGUGCUGCCUGCUGGAAGCCUUCUGAAGCCCGCUGAACCUCGGUGCCUGCCGGCACCCC